AAGAAACCAAUAGCUCGUACCUCUUCGUUCACUCAAUACGAGGAAUGGCGGGAUCGAAUCGAUAAUGAUGUACAAAGUGACACGAGCAGUGCAGAAGAUCGGUCACCCUCAAUCCGAAAACAGGACGCGCGGCGACACAGUGACAUGCCGGCAACUGGACAAUCCGUUCUGCGGGACGCUCGACCUCCACGAAGACGUAUGCUUUCUCGUGAACUGGCAGUCAACGAACACACCUCGGAAAGUGAAGCUGAGGUUUCUCAGCCUGUAGAGUCAGAAGUUCACGAAACAGUGUUUGCGAAAACUUCCUCAACUGAGGACCCGGAAAAUAAACCAGUUAACUCCGAUUAUGCGGUGACGGACAAACCAAUCAUCGAAUUGAAGGUCGAUAAGAAUAGGUCAGAUUGGAGUUUAACGUCUACACAACAGCAAAGUGGAGAACAUUAUGAUCUGCACGGAUUGCAACAGAAUGAGAUGAACACAUCCGAGCCUCAGUCACGUCAAGAAGUUCAAGAUGACAAGCCUCUGCAUCAAACCAAUGUAGAUCAAACUGCAAAUAUCGCAGAAACUUGUGUAAGCAAAGAGCAGUCAGGUCUCGAGGACCCGGAGUCAUCCUAUCUGGGCUACGAAUCAGACGCAGUGAUUCAUCCCGAGACUGCAGAAGUCAAAAGCCUGUUUCUACGGGAACAGCCCACACUGAUCGACAGAGAUCGUGAUCGUCUGGUAACCAGUAGUAGUAAUAGUAGUACCUUCGUCUUAAAUGUGUGGUCUGAUUCGGCAGACCGAUAUCCCGAACGAAUGUUAUAUGAUCAUCCGGAUAUCGCGAUUCACGAACUGACGGAUAUGUACGAAAGUUUCAAUAGCACAUUUGACGAGGAUCCAUUAUAUGCUGACCACAAUGAGUUUGAAUUAGCAAGCUUUCGAACGGCAGAGAUCGGUCAAUCAGAAGGGAGCACACGCGAUAAAUGGUUUGGUUCACAGGAAAUCGAUAUGACAUCACAACCAAUUCAACCAGAUUCCUUUUUUGCAGCCGAAACUAUUCGAAGAUCGUGCGGCAGAAUGGAUUCAAGCAACGAAACAGACGUAGCGCAAAAGACAAGUGUACGAGAAAAAACAGAAUCAAACAUAAUGGAAAUGUUCGAGGAGAAUGAGGGAAAUCAAGUGCAGUCUUCUUUUAUUCGUGAAGAAUCUCUGGAUCAGUCAAAACAAGUGGACAGUCGCUUAUGGCUGAGUGUCGAUCCACAACCCUAUCCAGGUCGACGUGCCAGCACCAAUGCUCAACUGCAAGGUGUGUUUGUGAAAUCAAUAGACGCGAAUGUUGACUCCCAGGAAUUCAGACGUUUUUCUGCUCCGCACACAGUAGUUCCACCUCAGUUGUUUGAAAAGCCGCCUGAUUCUCCAAUUGUGAGCCAAUGCGAAGUAAACAAGAAAGAAUCAACGGAAACUCACUCGUUGAUAGAACCAGACCUCAGUUCUUGUCAAUACAGUUUGAAACAUUUGGCGCAAAAACGAUUCUCUUAUCCGUUUGAUGUGACACAACAAAAUACCAGACACGGUGAUCGGUUUAUCCCAGUUGAUUUGGAAACCACAAUCGCUGAACAACAACCGUCUGCCUAUUUCAAAGGAGAAUAUGCAAGGUUGGAUGUUGAAACCCCACAACUACCGGUCAGUCAACCAUCAGCUGCGUGCUUCUACCCGGACGUGGAUGCAUAUGAACGCUGGCUUUCCGAUAUUACCGGACCGACCGUUCGUUUAAUCACGUCCAAACCGGGUGACCUUGAACGAGGUCCGGAGCGCGGUUUAUGGGAUUCAACUGAACAUGACCUUUCACAAAGGAAACAUGAGGAUGAGAAUUUGUCCAUAUUGAGACGUUGCCCUAAUUUCGAAAAUAUCAGUGGUCUUUCCGAACAAGUACAAACACAUUCGGAUAACGAUGCAAUGCAAAUCCAGAAAUUUGAUGAACGAUUUCAACCGGAAUUAGAGGCGGUCGAAGAGGAGCAGGAAAUUUACAAUCAGCCGGAUGACGAACCCACUCGAAUCUGGUAUCGCGAUCCACCAAUUCAAGCGACGGUGGACCCAUCGAUGCUGACAACCUUGCAACAGGAAGAUGAAAUCUGGGCCACCUUGUUCAGUCCAUCUGAUUCGCUGGUAGAAUCUGCCAAAGAGGUGGCCGCGCAAUUGGAUUUAAUGACAUUGGCAGAGGAAGAAGCAAGCGAAGCUCUGGAAAAUCAGAGUUGGGAUCAUCUGACCUCGUACAAAUUGAGAGAAUUUAAACAGACAUACAAAACCGCAAAACGAGAGGAUCAGUUAUCAGCAAAAAGCGUGCGCAACACUCAAACAGAUGUCCGGAAUAUAGAACAGAAGAAAGAUCAAUAUGACUUGUGCUUUAAACUGGGAGCAUCCACAGAGUCUGAUAUUUUAACUUUUCCGAGUGGAUCCAAAUUUACCAGAUCUGACCUGAUGCGGUUUGAGGUGAAAAGCCACAGAGCACCCCCUACGACUGCCUCGACAACUUCACCACCACCACCACCCUUGUUUACACCGCCAGCACCUCAGUCACGACAGGGCAAGCAAGUGACAGUCGAAGAGGCAACCGUGUUUGAGCCGCAUCUUUUGGCUGAUUCUAUUUGGUCCUCAUCUAGUGGUCAAGAGGACAGAACAACGAUGGACGAGGUGGCCAACCCACGGUCAUCGACCGCAACAAAACUCCUCCAACCAUCCGAAUCGAUCGAACAGCAUGCAAUGAAUGAGGUGAACGAGGUACAGACAGGCCGACAUAUGGAACGUACUGCAAACCAGACAAAGUUGUUGGACAGACAGAUCAAUAGGGAGGUGAACACGGAUGUGCGACCGGUAGAGAAGAUGGCGGACAGGGAUGAAGAGGAGCGGGAAGUGACAUGUUUAGGUGCGGUCGUGAGCUCAACUCAACCACUCCCAGCGGUGGAACACAAAUAUGAAGAUCGUAUACAGACAGAAGAAUUUAGGUUGAAUGCCAACUUUCUCACCCCAACCAGCUCAGCUUCAGUAGUCAGAACAUGGCCGCAGAUCGAUGCACAACGCCAGUCUUCCAAAAAUGCCCUAUUUACCAAUCACAACAGAGGGGACAGUCCUGUAUCAACUGGUCUAGCAGUGGGAAAGUUCAGAUCUGGACCGGGGGAAGCAAAACGCGAGCAAAUCGGUGAGCACCAGAAAGAACCAGAUGAUGCAUGGUCGCCGAUAGGACAACGGCACGCACCCUUGUCCGACUCCAGAGCUCAUCAUCAUUAUCAAUCUCCAAACAAAUCGACAUUACCCUUGGUAUUACAAUCGGUGACUGUCGAUGAGACUGGUGAUGAAUCUCUCUUACAGUCGGUAACUGACGAAGCUAGAGAUACCGUUUGCUGUGAACAACCCACUAGUGAUAUUCUUUCCCCACCUAUUCCCGUUUGUUCAGCGAUUAGUCCACAACGGGAAACCUCACUUAUUCGACUAUCCGUACAAAGGGAUCGUGGACUGGGACUUGCUCGGCGAACACUAACCUCCCCGCGUUCAGGAAGCCCGGAUACCAGUGACUCGUUCUUGUCUUUACUCGAUAUCUCUCCGGAAACCGAAGUUCAACCAAACCUCACCGAAUUUGCCCCCGGGAAUAAUUUGGGUGUUCGUUUGAAUUACGUUCCACCGGUUGCAUGUUGUGCAGCAUGGAGUUUCUGUUCCCAUACUCACCUGCUCGCCCAAGGUUCUCGCAACACAUCCAGCGAUCAGGUGGUGAUUACAACUGAACCAGUUUUACUUCCAACUGUGCCUAACUUGGAUUACUGUGCAGACAUCGCAGACAUCAGUCCAGUUUCUGUAACCAACGAACCAAACGUGUGUGGCCUCAAUUCCGGUCGGAUUGUAUGCAGUUUCCGACGUCGCGUUUUAGAAGAGAUUCAAGAAGAUCAGGUUUUGUGUUCCACUCAACCAUCUGAAUCGGUGCCCGGAGUGACCCCGGAAAACGUAUUGGUAACCAGCACGUUCAUGUCUUCUUCAUCCAGCUCACGCGCUUCACAUUUCAUGCCCCGACGCCGACCACGUUCCACCUCGUACACGUAUGAUUACUAUCGAUCGGGGGUUGAGGAACCGUUUGGUCAAAUGUCCGAUCUAACUCGUGACUCUCAUGCACUCUACUAUUCGGAUAGAACAAAACAAAGAUCACUAACGGAUGUUACUCCGAAAAAUGGGUAUGAUUUAUAUUGGAACGAGUCAGACAUAUCACCGUCCUACGCAAAUGGUAUGCCAUCACGAGUUUAUCCGUACGACAACGGGAAUUCAUCGACGUAUGCGGCCCAUAGAAGUUUGACCGGUAGAAUGCUAGACGAUAUUGGGAACCGGUACGCUGGCUCCCGGGUGGGGGAAGAUCCAAAAAGGAUUGCAUACCCUCAAUCAUACAGCGCAUCUCAAACGAUAGAUCGUCAUCGAUCACUUCCCACGGACGAAUAUGAUUACUAUAAAGAUUUUUCCCGUCUAUCAAGAAAUGUGGGGCUCUCGCGGGUGAAUAAAUAUGGAACUGGUCCUAGAUCAAAUCAGAGAAUCACUAUGCGGCGAGGGUACCCCAGACCAAGUCGGAUUGUGGGAGAUGAUAGGCGCUGGCAAUUUCGUAAUUCGAGCUACGGAUCUGGUGCACGCGAUAGUGCGGAAAAUUCCGGUUCCAAUUUAUCAGAUGAAGCCGAAUUCGCGGAGGGUCGCUCACAGCUUUCUCUACCUUUGAGUUACACAGCUGCCAGACGUCUGUUGGAUUCAAGCACUCCGGCAACGCGAACCUCGUGGGGCGUUUCACGCGCGGAUCAUUUUCAUUCCUUGCGUCGACCCGCCUCCUUAUCCUCAUCCAGAUUCACUUCGCAACAACUCGGGGGUAACAAAAGUCUAUCACGUUCAACUGAUCACCUCAAUGUCCGACGAGGUUCAGGCUUCAGUGGUGCCGACACGUCAAUGCAAACUCUUCGUGCUCGACUCGCGGCCGCGCAUUCGGAAUCCCAUUUGGACCGUUCUGCUGAUUAUCUGGAUGAUGACGGUUUAUUUGAUCGUGCAAGACACAAGUUCGGUUCAUUGGAUAGACGAUUACAUUCCGAUCAUAUGGUGACACAACAGCUACGCAGACAGGUUGAAAAACAACAUCGGCAACUGCUACGCAGUCUCAUGGAUGACAAACCUUCCAGCUCGUUAUGGCCACCCGAUUUCUCUCUGCUUCUCCCAUCCACAUCCACACCAUUUUCAGUCAACUCACUUCCGAUCACACCACAUCUGUUGACGGAAAAUUCCAUCAGUCCGGUGAUAGGGGUUACUGACCGUGGUCCGGGCACACUAAUUAGUACCACAGGGGCUCCACCUAUCUUUUCCACAGCCACAUCAAGAUCUGGAUUGGGGCCGGUUUACGGAUGGCCAAUUAAUGUCCCGUUAAGCAUGCCUGAAACUGUACCAUCUGCAUUUGCGCAAGAUUUUGUUUCACCUGCGAUCCAGGUCAAUCCGAUGCUACUAGACCCGUCGGGAACACAGUGGCAAACGACAACAAAGCCGCUAACUGCUGAUACUGGAAUAAGCGAUGCCAGCUUGAUCCCUGCAAGUCGACCACCACAACCACCACCACCACCAUCUGUACAAACGCCAUCAACAACCAGCUUAUUAGAGCUUCUAGGAAACACGGAGCUACUACAGUCUGUCGCUUCUGAUCCGGCAAUUUCAUCACAGUUAGCCUCGCUUGGAAUUGAUUUGACUGUUCCACAAGCAAACCAAGUAACGCUAGCCGCUGUCGCAGGUGCUGUGGCUGCCACAGCGAUCGCACAAUCCGGUGUAUUCGAGAACUCCGAUUUGAACGAUCCACAAUCUAUAUGGGCAGAUUUAAACACAAUGGGGACGGCAGAACAAACCACAGUCGGUUAUAAUGGUUCGAUUCCCAUGAAUAAUGGACCGGCUUUACCGACCGAGUACACGGAUACCUUACCCCCAUAUACUAUUUCCAAUUGCGACAAUCAAAAUUUGGAAAAUUUAUUGCAGCAGUUACAAAGUGCCCUGGCCACGGACAUCGCCUCGGAUCACUUUUACCACACUGUAAGCAGUCUGACGCAAUACAAAGAGGCACUCGAUAAUGGCAUCGGGAUGCGCAUUGUUGGCGGACACAUUCGAUCGGAUGGAAAACUAGGUGCUUUUGUGGAAGAGAUCUAUCCACGAGGACCGGCAGACCAGCUUCAUGGAGAAAUCAGAGAAGGUGAUGAAAUACUGGAAUGGAAUUCCAUUCCGCUAGUCGGAAAAACGUUCGAAGAGGUGCAAUCGAUUAUCAGCCAAGUUUCUGAAGAAACGGAACUCUUGGUUCGGGCAAGACAUGACGGGUCAACCGAACGAGAAAGCAGUCAACCUUGGGAGAUUUCGCGCACUCCUGUUGAUAGCCGGUCCUCCCACGCACCAAAACGCGUAGAUGCUCUGUGUCACCAUCACGCGGCUCAACAAGCGCUGAUCGGUAUCCAGUCUCGUUCUAUGUGCCCGCACAUGCAACGUCAUUAUUUAUCAAUGUCACCCAGUGAGAUUCGUCAAUCCCCGAUUGGUUUGCAAUCAUCCACCCGAACACGUUCCAGCCCCACCGGGUCCGAUUCGAACAGUUCAAACGCACGCAAAUCGUCCACCGGACAAGCAUUGUGGAUGGGCGGACCGGAUCCGGGGACACGAGAGUCUCCGGUUUCGCACACGCGAACCCAUCCCUACUCGCCUCCACACGCGUCUCGCGCUUCCGAAUCACGUGAUCUCGAGGAUUUUGAUGUGGACGACUCGAGACCGUUUGAUCAUCAAUCGCAAUCAACAAACAGUUAUAAACGCGAGAGAAGUGGAUCGUUUAAGCUAAUCCUCACGUUUGACGACUACGAUCAGAGCUUGACGGUGCACGUAUCUCGAGCGAGAGAUCUGCCAUCCAUGGAUCUGAAUGGACUUGCAGAUCCCUUCGUGAAGGUUCGAUUGCAUCCGGAUCCAACCGAAGACCCAGACUUCAAUCGACAAACAAAAUAUAUGCCAAAUACUCUAACCCCGGAGUGGCAACAGACGGUAGUGUUCAUGAAUUGUUUCAAACGCACCCUAAAACGUCGCGUCCUGGAGGUGACCGUUUGGGACUUUGACCGAUUGAAGACUAACGAUUUUAUGGGACAAACACUGAUCAACUUGGGUGUCCUCCCGGCUGGACCGCAGUAA